AUGCCUUGGUUUUUGCUCCGUCUCACUUACCAUAUCGGUGCCAAGCUUCUCAGGAGCGUACCAGAAUCCGGCAGUUGUGGAAAGAAACUUUUUAAGCGAAGUCACGAAGUCGAUGCUUCACGCAAGCACUUUGGAAAAAAAGCCACAGUGUCUGUCGCAUGCAACAUAUUUCUUGGCCACCAGAUCCUCCGCUGCAACGCUAUGGACGAUUUCUAUGGCGUUCGUUUCGCGUUGCUGCAACGCCGCAAGAAAAGCUCCGAUGCGGGAAGAAACAUUCCGCCAAGGAGGCGGACGAGUGCAAGGAGAGAAGGUUUCGGGCACCCCAGCGGAAGAGGAUCUUGCAGGGGGAAAAAGCAGGUGGGAAGCAACAAGCCUGUGGCGGAGAUCGAGAUCCAUAGAGAUGAUCGGGGGAUUUUUUAUUUAUUCAGCCAUUCGCGGCUCGAACAGGAGCGGGCCCUGGCAUUGAAGGGAAACGCAUCGCGUGUCAACGGUUCUAUUUCUUCCGAUGCGCGACCAUAG